UCCUGUCUCCACCAAUUGAAAACCCUAAUCUCUCUCUCUCAAAUUUUCAAUCUAUUUCUUGGUUUAAUUUUACAGACAGCUCGGUUACUCUACAAAACCCUAAAACACCAUCUCGCCGAUAGAGCGAAAGUGUAAGAUGGGUGAAGUGAAGGACAACGACUACGAGGAAGAGCUCGUCGACUUUGAAGACGAUGACCCUAAGGCCCUCGACUCCGCCUCAGCUAGACCCCAAGCUGAUUCGGCCAAGAAGGGCUAUGUUGGGAUUCACAGUUCGGGAUUCAGAGACUUCCUGUUGAAACCAGAGCUUCUUCGAGCCAUUGUGGAUUCGGGAUUUGAACAUCCAUCAGAAGUGCAACAUGAGUGCAUCCCCCAAGCUAUCCUAGGAAUGGAUGUCAUCUGUCAAGCAAAAUCUGGGAUGGGGAAAACUGCUGUCUUUGUUCUAUCCACUCUUCAGCAGAUUGAACCUGUUGCUGGUCAAGUUGCGGCUCUUGUUCUUUGCCACACAAGAGAACUAGCUUACCAGAUUUGUCAUGAAUUUGAGAGGUUCAGUACCUAUUUGCCCGACCUCAGGGUUGCUGUCUUCUAUGGUGGUGUCAAUAUUAAGAUUCACAAGGAUAUGUUGAAAAAUGAAUGCCCUCACGUUGUUGUUGGAACACCUGGAAGAAUCUUGGCUCUAGCCAGGGAUAAAGAUCUUGGGUUAAAGAAUGUGAGGCAUUUCAUUCUUGAUGAGUGCGAUAAGAUGCUAGAAUCACUUGACAUGAGGAGAGAUGUGCAGGAAAUCUUCAAGAUGACUCCUCAUGACAAGCAAGUAAUGAUGUUUUCAGCAACUCUAAGUAAGGAGAUUCGUCCUGUGUGCAAAAAAUUUAUGCAAGAGCCAAUGGAGAUAUAUGUUGAUGAUGAGACCAAGUUGACUCUUCAUGGUCUUGUACAGCACUACAUUUUAUUGAAAGAAGCAGAGAAAAACCGCAAAUUGAAUGAUCUUCUUGAUGCAUUGGACUUCAAUCAAGUUGUCAUUUUUGUCAAAAGUGUCCACAGAGCAGCUGAGCUGAACAAGUUGCUUGAGGAGUGCAACUUCCCCUCCAUCUGCAUUCAUUCAGGAAUGGCUCAGGAGGAAAGGUUGAAACGUUACAAGAAUUUCAAGGAGGGGCAAUCAAGAAUUCUCGUUGCAACAGACUUAGUUGGAAGGGGGAUUGAUAUUGAGCGUGUUAACAUUGUUAUCAACUAUGACAUGCCAGAUUCUGCUGAUACAUACCUACACAGGGUGGGAAGGGCUGGUAGGUUUGGUACCAAGGGGCUUGCAAUUACAUUUGUCUCAUCUGCUGGCGACUCAGAUGUCCUUAAUCAGGUUCAAUCAAGGUUUGAGGUGGACAUAAAGGAGCUUCCCGAGCAAAUUGAUACUUCAUCUUAUAUGCCAUCGUGAAGGAUUGGUUUUUGGGUCGAGAACAAACCUUUAUGCAAUAAUUUAAGACGAUGACCGUGGCGAUGGCUUUUAGCGGCCAGUUUUAGUGAUUUAUAAUGUAGACCAUUGAUAUUCAGCGAAGGAUUAUUCGGAUUAUAAUUUCUCCCCCCUUGAUCUGGAACUUGUUUCUAUUUUGUGCUCUCAGUACUGAUUUAUUAGAUGUUCAACUUCUUUUUGUUUUUGUUCUUUUAUCUUUUAUACCUCGUGUUUGAGUAGAUACAGUGAUUGUAUAAUUGUAGUCACUUUUUUUGUUGGAUGUAACAAAAUUGUAAUAUUGUUCAAUAGUAUUAUUAUUUGUGGUGUUAUUCUAUUUUUA